AUUACAACACAUUAACAACGAUUGUAUUUUGAAAAAUCACACCGGAAACCUAUAUUAACACUUCCAACAAACUACCAGUCAACCUUAGGUAACGGACCCGUUGUCCCCUGAGACACACACACACACACACAGGCAUGGCGGAGCUGGGCAUCAAGGCUGGAGACAAGGUGCUGUUGGUUUGGGCCCAGCCCUCGGCCCCGGCGGCCCUGAAGCAGUACGCAGAGGAACUGGGAGCCGUGGGUGGUUCUGGCUGCGUGUCGGUGGAGAACAUGGAGAGGUUAUUGCUCUCCUCCCACUCGGCCUCCACCUUUGACUGGGUGCUGUCUGGCCUCCUGGCUGACAGCUCCUCCACCCACAGCUCGGAGAUCCUGGCUGAAAUGGCCCGAGUGCUCAAACCUGGCGGGAAGCUGGUUCUGGAUGAAGCAGUCACAGGAGCUGAGGCGCAGAGUGUGAGGACUGUGGAGAAGCUGGUGUCUGCUCUGAAGCUGUCCGGCUUCAUGUCGGUGACGGAGGUCAGUAAAGCAGAACUGAGUGCUGAGGCGUUGAGCUCCCUCAGGACAGCCACUGGUUACCAAGGCAACACUCUGUCUAAAGUCCGCGUAUCUGCCUCUAAGCCUGCCUUCGAGGUGGGAUCCUCUAGCCAGAUUAAGCUCUCAUUCAGGAAGAAGCCAGCAGAGAAACCAGCUCUGGAUCCCAACGCGGUCAAAAUGUGGACACUGUCAGCCAACGACAUGGAUGAUGACGAUGUGGACCUUAUGGACUCUGAUGCUCUACUGGAUGAGGAUGACUUGAAGAAGCCGGACCCGGCUUCUCUUAAAGCACCCACAUGUGGAGAAGGAUCAGCCAAGAAGAAAGCCUGUAAGAACUGCACGUGUGGCCUUGCUGAGGAGCAGGAGAGUAAAGGAAAACAGAAGACUAAUCUGCCAAAGUCUGCCUGUGGAAGCUGUUACCUGGGCGACGCGUUCCGAUGUGCCAGCUGCCCGUACGCAGGGAUGCCAGCCUUUAAACCGGGGGAGAAGAUCGUGCUGGACAAGAAGACUCUGACGGAAGCUUAAAACACUUUUACAUUCCUCUAGUAUCCGCCCAGGCACACCUUCCUCUGCAGCAGCAUUGACUCCUGCUGUUGUCAUUCAUGGAGUUAUUUAUUGUUUUAAUAUGAUACACAACUGUCCCUUUCAUGAUUUCUUAUGUACAUGUCGCCUUUGCAAUCAAAUACAUUAAAGCCAGUCUUCUGUUCA